AGUCUAAUGUCCAGCACAUACAGUAUAUCGAUAAAUGUAUAGCAAACAUUUGAUUGCUUAGCAUGAUUCAGGCAGGGAGGUAAAUACUUAUUUAUCCACAUUAUCUCAUUUAAUCCUCACAACAGUUUCAUGAGUCCUGUCAUUACCAUGGCUUGUAGGUGAGGAAAUUGAGACUAGGAGGUGAAGUCACUUGCCUCCAGAUGAACAGCUGGUAAAUCACCUGUGGUGGGGCUGGAGUGUGGCCCUGGAGAACUCCUUGUGCUAGUGGAUCUGUUUUUCCAGCGAUUCUCUUGUUUUUUCUCUCAGAGUGAGGAUGCGGGUAUGCUGGUUGGUGAGGCAGGACAGCCAGCACCGGCGAAUCAAACUUCCACACUUGGAAGCGGUUGUGAUUGGGCGUGGUCCGGAGACCAAGAUCACUGAUAAAAAAUGUUCUCGACAGCAAGUACAGUUGAAAGCAGAAUGUAACAAGGGAUAUGUCAAGGUAAAGCAGGUAGGGGUCAAUCCCACCAGCAUUGACUCAGUCAUAAUUGGGAAGGACCAAGAGGUGAAGCUGCAGCCUGGCCAGGUUCUCCACAUGGUGAAUGAACUUUAUCCAUAUAUUGUACAGUUUGAGGAAGAGGCAAAGAGCCCUGGCCUGGAAACACACAGAAAGAGAAAGAGGUCAGGCAACAGUGAUUCUAUAGAAAGGGAUGCUGCCCAGGAAGCUGAGUCUGGGGCAGGGCUGGAAUCUGGGAGCAGCCCUAGCCAGUGCUCUUUGCCCCCAAAGAAGGAGAAAGAUGCAUCUGCCAAAAAGGAAUCACUGGGUCACUGGAGUCAAGGCUUGAAGAUUUCUAUGCAGGAUCCCCAAAUGCAGGUUUACAAAGAUGAGCAGGUGGUGGUGAUUAAGGAUAAAUACCCUAAGGCCCGUCACCACUGGCUGGUCUUACCUUGGGCCUCCAUUUCCAAUCUGAAGGCUCUGACCAGGGACCACCUUGAACUCCUCAAACAUAUGCACUCUGUGGGGGAAAGGGUGAUUGCAGAUUUUGCUGGGUCCAGCGAACUCUGCUUCCGGUUGGGCUACCAUGCCGUUCCCAGCAUGAGCCAUAUACACCUUCAUGUGAUCAGCCAGGAUUUUGAUUCUCCUUGCCUUAAAAACAAAAAGCAUUGGAAUUCUUUCAAUACAGAAUACUUCCUAGAAUCACAAGCUGUGAUCAAGAUGGUAAAGGAGGCUGGCAGAGUGACUGUCCGAGAUGGGAUGUCUGAACUCUUGAAGCUACCACUUCGUUGUCAUGAGUGCCAGCAGCUGCUGCCUUCCAUUCCUCAGUUGAAAGACCACCUCAGCAAGCACUGGACAAAGUGAUUUUACAGAGCUGGAACUUCCAGCAAGUGUGGCUGAUUCUCUGCUGGCACCUGUCUGGGUUGCUUGCAAACUUCUACUCAUGUGUGUUAACACUUAACUAAUGCAGGAUAUAGAAGCAGAGGACUGGUUAUAUACCUCUGUUCCUCACAUUUAUCCCCCCUCCCCAGAGGCAUGUGGCACUUUUUCAUCAGAGCAGCCAGAGUGGUCUCUUGUUUAUCCUCAAGGCACUGGUAGGUCUUAUUCUAUGAUCUUAAUCUAUUCUGUAAUAUUCUUCUCCCCUCCUUCAUGGGGAGACUUACUUUCUCCUGUCUCUUCCACUCCCUUCUAUCCAAGAUCACCUAAAUGCUGCCUUCUCAGAAAGUCUGUCUCAUUUGUUCUUCCUUGUGAGCAAAGAGGCUAGAUGAGGGGGUGGAAGGUGCGGUUUUCUUCUGAUAUCAGGGGUUCCUGGCUGGUGAGUAAACACUUACCCCAUGUAAAUCACAGUUCAGCUGUCAGGUCUUCUUGCUGGCCUGCUUGGAUCUGUUGUCUGAAAAUAAAGUUUGUUUGAGGCAUC